AUGGAGGCGGAAGGGUCUAAAGAGGUGCAACAGAUGGCAGGUACAGUAAUGUGCUCGUUAAAUAAACAAUCUCAUUCACCUACCUCAUCUUCUUUCUUUGUGGAUCAUCUGUAUGAGCUAAGAGGCAGACAAAAUUACACCGUGGAUGACGAAAGUGGACUCAGGAGGGAUAAAGAACCACCAGACAGGGGCUUUUACUCUGAUCAAGAAAGCUCAAAAAAUUGGGCUGAUUCAAGUGAAGAUGCCACUGUAAAUGAAGAUCAAGGAAUUAUCUUGCUAAACCAAACAACAGUGAACUACUCCGACUGCAGUACUGGGCAUAGUCCCAGAGGUAAUGAUGAAACAAAUUCUUUAUGA